AUGGCUGAUAGAUAUUCCUUUUCCCUGACCACGUUUUCCCCAAGUGGUAAGCUGGUCCAGAUUGAGUAUGCCCUGAAUGCGGUGAAACAAGGUGUCACGUCGUUAGGUAUAAAAGCCACCAAUGGAAUAGUGCUGGCUACGGAAAAGAAAUCUGCCUCGUCAUUGGUCAAUUCAGAGCAUCAGAGAAAAAUAGCACAAAUUACUCCAGACCUGGGAAUGACCUAUUCGGGUAUGGGUCCAGAUUUCAGAGUGUUGGCGGACGCUUCUAGAAAAGUAAGUCACACAAACUACAAGAGAAUUUACAACGAAAACCCGCCAACGAAGAUUUUGGUAAGCGAAGUUGCCAAGCUAAUGCAAGAGGCUACCCAAAGUGGUGGUGUCAGACCUUAUGGUGUUUCGCUAUUAGUCGGAGGUUAUGAUGACAACAACGGAUUCAUGCUGUAUCAAGUGGAUCCUUCAGGAAGUUAUUUCCCCUGGAAGGCAACUGCCAUUGGUAAGAAUUCCAAUGCCGCCAAAACGUUCUUAGAGAAGAGAUGGAACGAAGAGUUGGAAUUGGAAGAUGCUAUACACAUUGCACUGUUAACUUUGAAGGAGUCCAUCGAGGGAGAAAUAAACGGUGAAACAGUUGAAUUGAGUGUAAUUGGCAAUCAAAAUGAUGAUUUACUUGGAUUUAAAGGAGCAGAAGGUGUUCAUGGUCCAAGGUUUAGAACUCUGUCCCCCCAAGAAAUAAAUGACAGAUUGGAUGCUUUAUAG